UUAGAAGAGAUUAGUGUAAUUUAGCCUUAAUUAAUUGCAACUUUUUUAAUUUUUGGAACUUUGAGGGUUUAGGUGGUAGGGGUUAAUUGUUCCAACAGUGGAAUUAUUUGCAAUUUUAAAAUAGCUGAGAGGAAUUAUUUGCAAUUUUAAAAUAGUUGAGAGGAAUUUUUGCAAUUUACCCGAAGUUGAGUAACGGCCCCCACCACCCUCAAGUCUCUAAAAGUUCAAUGCAAUACAGUGGAGUGUAUUAUUCGCGCCUCUUUUCGUCUUCUUGAGAAGGUAUUCGCGCCCUCCCUCUUGAUUCUAGGGUUUGUACAUAUACACACAGUGCGGAGAAAGUAACUAGGGUUUGAGUUCCAGAGAAUCAAAAAUGGAGAGUCGUCGAAGGCGAAACACUGGAAUCGAAGAGAACACGAUGGCAAUCCUUGACGCCUCCGGAUUCAAUCACGAUCAUCAUUAUGUCAAGGACGACAGUAAUUCUUUUCUUGAAGCUGUUCGCUCUGCCUCCAUAGUUCCAGAAAAUGGAAUUGCCCCAACCAAAAAAAUGUUUGAGGCAAUUUUUCAUAUUCUGAAGGAUGAGAAUUCAAUGGAUUUAAUAAUGGCAAGUUAUCAGCUUCUGAAUGAGUUAGAUAAGCGCUUCCCUCGGGUUUAUAUAUCCAGGACAGAAAAAAUCGAAUCAUCUUCGCCUCAUACUGCUUCACCUGAACUAACUGUGGUCAAAGAGGCUUGGUCACCAUUUAUUUUUGGCUUGGAUAUUGCUUAUGGUGAGAGGGGGGAAGCUGAUAAAAGCUCUGGUGGAUCACUUGACUCUGCUGGUUUUCAUCUUCUAGUACAAAGCCUUGCUAAAGUGGCUGAUGAAAGAAAGUUUGAAGCAUCAGAAACAAAGUCUCUCAGGAACUUGUUACUAUUUCAAUAUCUUGUCAAUGUACUCGAAGGAGACUUUUUACCCCGUAACUGUGUUUUUAAAGAAACCAUGAAUUGGAUCCUUCUGAGAGAGUCAUUGCUGAACAUUCUUCUGGGAUCAAGAAAGAUUAGUUACAAAGGACUAAUCAAGGAUUGUCUAUCAAUUAUGUGUGAAAUGUGUCACAUUUGCUCAUCAGAUCUAUUAAAAAAUUGUGAUACUGCCAUUGGAAUUGCUUUGCCCGAAGUGGAAAAGGGUACAUGUAAUGCUGUGCAGAAACUUCUGUUGAUGAUCAUGGAGUUAGAUUUAUCAAAGAAGGCGGCAGAUGUGCAAGGUCAUACAACUAGAGCGGAUGCUGUUAGAACUCCACUGGAGGAGAUAAUUCUAGAUGAACUGACUUACAACCGAGAUUUCCUAUCUCCAUUUCUUGAGGUCUUUAAUGAACCUAAAAGGAAGCUGGACAUAAUUGUGCAGUAUUUUUCGAAGUACAUUGCCAAGCCUUCUUCUGUUCGCACUCGGAGGUCAAAUGGUUCUACAGAGGAUACGACAUUUAAUGGAAUUUUAAAGUGCUUUUCAAAUGGUAACAGCACAAAAAGUGUCACCAAGAAAAUCAGCACAGACGUAGUUCAACUGCUUUUAGCGCAUGGCUUUCAGGCUUAUUUUUCGUUAGCUUCCCAAGAUUCUGUUGAAGGCAUCUCUGAUUUUAAAGAAGAUUUCAAAGGCUCUCUUAUGGAAAUAUGCAAGAAUGUGAUAUCUGCUUUUACUAGCCUUAGAAGAACAGACGGGAAGAUGGAGAUUUUGCCUUUUGGAAAAGAAGCAUUAUUUACAGCAGCAAGCGUCUUGUCAACUAAAUAGUAGGAGCUUUAAGAUUAUUAUUUGACUUUUGCUCAACUAAACUGGAUCCAUAUAGCUCCUGUGGUCGGGGCAUUACCGGUAAUGGAGGCAUGAAGAGCUAUCAAUGCAGAACAACUAAGAGGCGGCUAGGAGGUGAUAGUUCUUCAAACACACACCAUAAUCCUCUGAGAGUCCAAGAUAAGAUGUGAAAAUACUGUCAUUUGCUGAGGGUCCUAAUUGGAAUAGGCCACUGUUAAAGUACCCCUCAAUCCUUGCUUGUCAUAAAGAUUGGGGAUUGCAAAAUCUUUAGAGAAAAUCCACAGUUAUGUUUCUGAUUCCGAUAGUUGUUAAAAAAAUGAUCUUCAUGAAGUCUAAAUGUUGGACAUGCAUAGACAAUUUUUAAUGCUGUCUGUAACUCGUCACAAUGAUCUUCACGAAGAUCUUUGUGCUUCAUUUGCUUUAAAUCUGAUUUGAACUCAUUAUAGUUUUGUAUGAGACGUGAAACUGUCAUAUCUAUGUUUGAAACUUAAUCAGAAUUCGCCUUGUUCAUACAUUUGUAUCAA